AAAAAAUCCCAAAUUAUUCAUCCCCUAAAUAUCCAUCAGCCACCACCACCACUACAGCUCCGCCCUCUGUUCCCCAGUGCCAACCACCACCCCUGCAGCUCCGCCGCUGGCGACCCACCUCCACAUGACAUGGAAACUCAGCACCAUCGGAGACACAAUCAACACCAUCGGUCCAAUCAAGUCAUCGAGGUUAAACGGACAUAGGUUGGAUAAAUAUUCUGUGGGUGUAUGGCUAGGAUUAGUACGAAAAUAACACAAUUAAGAUGGUUUUAUGGAUCUUCUUUGACAGGGAAGUCCCUUGUUCCUUUUCGUAAAAGUGUCAUUGAAUUAAAGAACAUGCUAUUUCAUUUUCCAAGAACUCACCGGUGUUCCAGAGCAAUGUCAAUGACUGUUAUGGUGAAGGAAAACAUUGAUCUCACGGAAAAGGAAAAACAGAUAUUUGAUGGGUUGCUUCAAGUUGUCUAUCAUUUCAAACUUGAAACCAAGGUCCGAGUUGCUGGCGGGUGGGUGCGUGAUAAGCUUUUAGGGAAAGAGUGUUAUGAUAUUGAUAUUGCUCUUGAUGAUAUGUUGGGGAGAGAGUUUUGUGAAAAGGUGAAUGAGUAUUUAGUAUCUACAGGAGAAGAAGAAACACAAGGGAUUGGUGUUAUUCAAAGCAAUCCCGACCAAUCCAAGCAUUUGGAAACUGCAAGGAUGCGACUUUUUGAUGUGUGGAUCGAUUUUGUGAAUCUAAGAUCUGAAGAUUAUGCUGACAACAGUAGAAUUCCAACUAUGCAAUUUGGUACUGCAGAACAAGAUGCAUUUAGAAGGGAUUUGACUAUCAACAGUUUGUUUUAUAACAUCAACACAUGCUCAGUUGAAGAUCUUACAGGGAGGGGUUUAGAUGAUCUGCGGUCUGCAAGAGUUGUGACCCCCUUACCACCAAAAGAGACUUUUUUGGAUGACCCAUUUAGAGUUUUAAGAGCAAUUCGUUUUAGUGCCAGGUUCGAGUUUGAAAUGGCGGAAGAUUUAAAAUUUGCCGCUGCAGACAAUGAAGUGAAAUCUGCAAUUGCUGAUAAGAUUAGCAGAGAACGGAUCGGCCAUGAGGUAGAUCUUAUGGUAAGUGGGAACCAACCGGUCAAGGCAAUGGCUCACAUAUCUGAGUUGGGUUUGCUUUGGGUUGUCUUCACGCCGCCGCCAAAUUGUGAACCCAUAAUCACAGAUGACCAUGAUAAGGUUUGUGUAGGAUUUAUGGAUGUGGCAUGGGGACACAUGCUUGAAGUAGGAUGUACCUUUAGUGAUGAACAAAGGAGGCUGUAUUUGUAUGCAUCUUUGUUCGUUCCACUUUGGAAAACUGUUUACACAGAUAACAAAAAGAAAAAGGUACCCAUAGUGAAUUACAUCUUUAGAAAUUCCCUUAAGUUGAAAGCCAGUGAUGCCGAUGAUGUUAUGAGGCUGCACACUGCAGUUGAGAAGUUUUUGUCUUUGAUUCCUUUCGUGUUGUCUAGUGAAGAUUUGCAAAAUGCUGAAGUUGAUUGGGAAAAAGAAAUUAUUGAUGUUCCACCGUCAUUGAAAUUAAGAAUCUUGCUGGGCUUACUUGUCAAGGAGAUCAAAGAUUUCUGGAGGGCUGCGUUGAUGCUGUCCACUCUUUUGUACCAGGACAGUUUUUCUGUUGAGGUUAUUGUUGGGGAAUUAGAGAAAAGAAGAGAAGUCUUUAAAGAGGUUGAGCAAGAAAUAUUGAAACUUGGUCUAGAUAAAGUGUGGGAAGUUAAGCCUUUAAUUAACGGCAAGGAUAUAAUAAGACUUCUGGAGCUACAGAAAGGAGGUCCCGUGGUUAGUGAAUGGCAAAGAAAACUGCUACAAUGGCAACUUGCUUAUCCUUCUGGAAGUGUAGAUGAAUGUGUUGACUGGAUGACAAGGCAAACACAAUUGAAGCGUUCAGGUGGACAGGUAAACCACCAAGAACAUUGUUCAGGUGGACAGGUAAACCCAUAAGAAAAUUGAUAAGAUUCUUGACAACAUCAUCUCUGACCACCAAAAACAUCGUUCAGGUGGACAGGUGAACCACAAGAAGGAAGACCUUGUUAACGUUCUAUUGAGGCUCAAAGACGAUGGUGGGCUUCAGGUUCCAUUAACUCCUGAUAACAUGAACGCAGUCAUCUUGCUUCUUGAGAUAGAUGGGAAUGACACCCGUAUGUAGAUUUUACUGAUCAUGAGACUAAAGAGUUAUUGUUCCACUGGAGCUUCUUUGGCGUAAAUGUGGUAGAGUAUGAUGGCCUAAGGAAUGGACAGUCAUAAUCAAUGAUACGCUCAAAGUCUGUUUCAUACUCUAAUGUGGCGGGAAGAAUUAUGAGCAUACAUGACCCAUCCUGUAAGCCUUGUCAAACGAAUUUCAAGACAUCUUGAUGGAAUAAGGCAUGUUGCAUUAAUGGGUAUGUGGUGAAGAUAAAGAGUAACCUUGUAUCAGUGUUUAUGUGGGUGCUGUUGGAUAUUAAGGCGAUAAAGAAACUUAUGGCUUGGUACAAUGGAAUAUUCAAUAUUCUACUAAAGAUGGAGAUUGUGUAACUUAAAAGGGUGUUGGAUACAAGAAAGUGAAAUGGUUAACUUACCAAGCCAGACCACUUUUUGGACCAACAUAUCUGGACCAACAUAUCUGAGUGCUUCAACACAAACACCACUCAACGUCCAAGGAGCAAAUCUCAACUACUAGGUCAGUUGCAAAAAAUUCACAAUCAAUGUAAGCAGUUUGCGGCAAUCUAUAUGAGAUUGAAUGCACAAAGUCAAUCUCAUCGGUGCAUCAGGAGUACCGUUGGAAUUAUGGGAAGGGCUUCAGGUACGAGCAUUGUUUUAGGGAGCUUAUCACGGUUGCCCAUUUUCGUCUGAAUUAAAUCUGUUUUAUGGGAAAGUCUGUUUGAUGUAUUUUAAUUAAGUGUGUUUGAUGUAUUUUAA